AAACAGCCGGUCUUCAGACUCUAAACAUUUCUUUGGUAGUAAUCCAGCACUUGCUUAAGAGUGAAGUCUCAAACAUCUUGAACAGAAGUCCUCAUUUUGUUGGAUUUUAACUUUAACUCUUUUUUGGGAGGAGCAGCAGCAGAUUUAACUGCAGCCACCAUGAAAAUUGCAGCCUUUAACAUUCAGAAGUUUGGACGCAGCAAAGUUUCCGACCCGGAGAUUCUGAAGAUCCUUGUUAAGAUUAUUUCCCGUUAUGACAUCAUCGUGAUCCUGGAGGUGGUGGACGUUACGGGGGAAUCAGUGGAAACUCUGAUGAAAGAACUCAACAAAUCCAACCGGAAACAUCACUACACUCUGAAAAUCAGCACUCGCCUGGGCCGGACACGCUACAAGGAGCAGUUCAUGUUCCUGUACAGGGACGACCUGGUUGACCUGGUGGGCUCCUACCAGUUCGAUGAUGAGAAGACUGAAGGACUGGAUGUCUUUGCCAGGGAUCCGUAUAUCCUUCGAUUCAGGUGCCUGAACACAGUUCUGAAAGAUCUGGUGAUGAUCCCAGUUCACACCAAACCAGAUGACUCGGAGAAGGAGCUAGACGAACUCUACGACCUCUUUGUUCACGUCAGGGAUAAGUGGAGGACAGACAACGUGAUGAUCCUGGGCGACUUCAAUGCCGACGGCGCGUACGUUUCCAAGAAGGAAAUGAAGAUCAUCCGAAUCCGCAGCGACAAGAACUUUCACUGGCUUAUCGGAGAUGAUGUGGACACCACUGCGAGCACAGAAAACACCCACACAUACGACAGGAUUGUUGUUUACGGAGACGACAUGCUUCAGGCUGUUGUUCCAAACUCUGCUAAAACCUUCAACUUCCAGAAGGCCUACAAGCUCUCCGACGAGAAGGCUCUGAGAGUGAGUGAUCAUUAUCCAGUGGAGGUGGAGCUGAAGUCUCUGGUUGCAGUAGAUGAUGGAGACGUUGGGCUGACAGAUUAUACGGGAGGGCUCAAGACAGGUGGAGAUAAGGAUCUAGUCGAGCUGAAGAGAGGAAAUCUGCUCCUGGAAAGAGAGAAGCUGAACCUGGAGAUCCAGAUCCUCCGGCUGAAGGUCGCCAAGAUGAGUAGAGAUGCAGUUUGAUCUGAGGAGGGCCAGAACCACGUGAAAAGCACUCAACAUAACCAUAAACUACAAAAAUACUGGUGACCUAGCUGCACAGUUUGUGCUGCUAGUUAUCCGUACAAGGUUCAUCUCAAACUGAACACUGAAAGAACUGGUCCGGAUCAAUCAGAAUCAACUCUGAUUUGAUUUGACAAGCAAGCAGAAACUAAAUGAACACUUCACGUUCUCCGGAGACAGAUACCGUUUAACCCUGGCUGGUGUGUGUCUGAGUGUGUCUCAAUGCAGGAAUCCUGCCUGGUUGGUCAGGUUCCCUGGAAAUCACAUCAUACUGCGGAGGUUCGUUUUAAAUUUGAAUUACGCCGCCAGCACAAACACGAGUUUCUGGGAAAGAACAACAUGAGGGCUGCCAAAUUAAAAGUGAAAGUGCUCAAGCUAAAACACUCCACCAGUUAACAGACAAUCAGGUUUGAUUAUCUUAUAUCAGAGCAUGUAACUCAAGAAGCACACGUUUGAUCAACAACAUCCUCUCAGAAGCUUUUGUCAAGAUUAUCUCUUAAAAACAACAAAGAUUUGUAAAGAUAUGGUUAAAAAAACAGCAACAGGGAACAAAAUCUAAAACUUGAUAACUUGAGAGAAAUCUGAUUAAAGAUGAAUUAUCUCGUACAGACCUCUUCUAGUAUAAGGCCUCCUUUAACUUUGGAUUUUAAGGCACUGACACGACUUCUAUAAUCGGUCAAUCUGGAAAGACAAACUCCAGUUUGAAAUCCAUGUGACGAUGCGGUGGCCUCCCUACGGCAGUAGCUUGGAAAGUAACGUUAAAUUUGGGACGUGCUAAAAGGACAGAGGCAUAGUAAUUGCUGUUACUCCCACAACCUGUGUGAACAUUUCAACAAUGAAGUCGGGGGAAUCAUGCACUGAAAAUCAAAGAUCUGCGUAUUUUCACCACCCACUGUGAGACGAUCAAACCAAGGCUCUGAAAUUGGUUUUACUUGUCCUGUUUCUUUAUUGUUAUAUACACCAUAUGGGCCAGUGCCCAAGCGCCCUCCCACCCCCAGAUCAAGUCACAACAGACCCAUCAGAGCGAGUAAUGUAAAACUGGUGAGUAGUAGGAGAAUGUAGCAGAGUGAGGGAAAUGGGUCAUUAUGGUGGUGGUUAAACACCACAAACUCAACACUGAAGUUUUGCGUUAGGGAAGCUCUAACAAGCGUCAGGAGGAGCGCGAUGCAUUCUUGACUAAACCCAAACGGGCUAGAGAGAUCAUCAGAACUAGUCAGGUGUAAAUGGGUGCUAAUAAAUAAUUAGCUUUACCACGCAUUCUUGUGAAGCCCUAAUAAACCUUUAAUAGUAUCAGUUGAGAAACUACAUGUGCAGCUUACACAUAAUGAUAAUCUGUAUUUUUAUUAUUUACAUAAUUUUAGAAAGAUUUACAUGGUGACAGUUAAUUGUUAUUAAAACUGAAACCACAUGACCGAUUCUGUUCAAAUUUCCAAAUGCUGGGCACAAACCAGCAACACAUGAGCAAUCCAGACAGAGGUCAGCACCACACUUUGUUUUGUUAGAUGACAUUCAUUUUUUAUGACUGCAGGGAUUUAAAAAAAUGCCUUUAAGUUUGUAUUUCAACAGAUGACUGAAUUCAGAUGUUUUAUUUUUGCUUCACACAGGGUGAAAUAUAGCAACUGUGUUUUUGUUUCUGACAGGAUUGAUGAGCUAAUGUUUUAGUAUCGCAAUAAUUAUUAAUGAUGCUUAAAAAAAAUAAUUGUGUGUAAUUCUUUUACCUCAGGAUUUUUUUGGCUGCUCUUGUUGUCAUGUCACCAAUAUGUUUUGUACAGAAGUUGCUUUAACCAUAUUUUAUGAAUAAACUGAUUUGCAAUAAACACUGAAAACAGCAGCUGUC